CAACAACCAUCCAAGCCCUCAGCACCGCCCCGGGCUGGAAAUAAAACAAGCAAUGAUGCUGCAGCCUCGGCUCCUCACGCCCCUCCGGGCUUUAGGGAACGCAAUUGCCCGCUCAGCGCAACAAACAUGCCGCCUCCCAACUCUGUCACAACAAUCCGUCCUCCUCCCCCGAAGCAAUAUCAUCUCCGCACCGCAAACCCCGUCGAUUCUCUCUACCCGCCUCCUUCUCCCGCUCUCCCAAGUCCGGCACGCCUCCCACGCUACCCAGGGAACCGCAAACCGACAUUCACGCGAUCCCGCAGGAAAGCGUCUCGGCGCGAAACGCACAGGCGGCGAAUACGUCGUCCCCGGAUGCAUUAUCUUCCGCCAGCGCGGGACGAAAUGGUUCCCUGGCGAGAACUGCGCCAUGGGACGGGACCACACCAUUUAUGCUGCCGAGGCUGGAUACGUGCGCUACUACCUUGAUCCCGAGCGACACCCUGACCGGAAGUACAUCGGUGUUGUCUUUGAGAAGGACGGGAAAUUGCCCACGCCUCAGAAUGCACCGUCGAGAAGGAAGCUGAACCGGGUUUCUGUGCCUCGUUUGCCGGAGAGCUCUGCUGAGACGGCGGCUCAGUCGGAUCCGGUGGCUACUGGAGAGACUGGAACUCUGGUUGCCGGCAUUGAGGCUGGUACUGCUGAAGCUGGACCCCAGCUUCGUCCGGGUUAUAUGUGGCGCGAGGCGAACUGGCAGAUUGGUCGGGCUGGUGAGAAGGCCGGUAUUACCGCGAAGACCUACAAUAGGAAUAACCGUUGGUUGGCAUGGAGGAAGAGACAGGCAAGGGCUGAUCGUGCUGCCCAGAUGAAGAGUCUCAAGAACAAGAAGAAAGCUUCCAAGAAGGCCAAGCGGUAAAGGCUGAUUUGCUUUCAGCGUUUUUAUUUCUCAAAUGCUGUUUUUUUUUUAUAAACCCGGGAUUGGUGUUUUCUCUGUAUUAUAGGAAGAUGUUACAUGAUAAGCCACUGUUCAAUCUAUUACUAUUAUUUUUCUG